GCUGUGACUGUCGGCUGUCAAGUUAAAAAUGAGUGGGUAGGUAUUAAAUAGCCGAAAAAAUCUAUAGUUCAAACUUCAAAAUUAUGUUCGAAUGGUUCUGGAAUGGAACUUUGAAGAAUCAAAAUAAGGUUUAAUAUUCAAUUUGAUAACCCUUAACAAAUUUUAAUGUCUUUGAAGUGACGGUGUAUGUAAGUACUAAGUACCCUUUAUUACCUUAGCAAAUAAUGGGUAACGCAGGGAGUAACCCUCCUAAGGAAUGGACAAAAGAUCAUCAAAGUAAACAUGUUGAAGUUGGACCAUCCUCUCCAACGAAAGAUGGAGAGGCCUUUACAUUUGACAAGAAAACAGACGACGACCGAAGCGGUCGAGACGAUGACAAUAUCCUUGAAGAAGGAGCUCCAUAUUAUACAAAAGCUGUGCCUGCAUAUGAAGAUCAUGAUGAAGAACCUAUGCCCCGUAAAAGAUCAAAUACAUUAACUGAAAGCAAUAAGAGUAUAGAAGAUGUUCAAGUGUUACCUACAGUCUUCAAAUGGGAAGGAGGGGGAAAACAGGUUUUUAUCAGUGGAACAUUUACUGAAUGGAAAACAAUUCCUAUGGUCAAAUCUCAUGGAGAUUUUGUAACUAUAAUUGACCUACCAGAAGGUGAGCAUCAGUAUAAAUAUUUCGUAGAUGGAGAAUGGAGACAUGAUCCUACAGUAAAAGUUGUAGACAAUGGUAUGGGAUCUAAAAACAAUUUGGUAACUGUGAAAAUGUCUGAUUUUGAAGUAUUUCAAGCUCUUGCUAAGGACAGUGAAGGCAUACACAGUUCAGCGCAGACUGAAUAUUCCCAGGAAAUCCCACAAUCCAAGCCCUGGGAAAAAGUAUCUGGACCUCCAAUAUUACCACCCCACCUGUUGCAAGUUAUUUUAAAUAAAGAUACACCAUUAUCGUGUGAGCCAACACUUUUACCAGAACCCAAUCAUGUGAUGUUGAACCAUUUAUAUGCAUUAUCAAUUAAGGACGGAGUUAUGGUGCUAUCUGCAACACAUAGACACAGGAAGAAGUAUGUGACAACAUUGCUGUAUAAACCAAUUUAAACAAAAAUUUUAGGUACUUAAAUCACUAAAAAGAUAGUAAAAACAUAGGAAAAACAUUUGA